AUGGCCGGUAUUGGACAACGAAAUACAUUUGAUCAUCCAUCCUCUUGGAAUAGUGCAGCCCAAUUAGGAAUGGGCAGAACCAUGCAAAACGACACGCAUAAGAAUUCCUCGUCCUUUCAACAAAGUGCUGAUAAAAGGUCUCUCCUGAGUAACGCGAGUGGCUCUUCGUCAUUAGGCGGAUUGGGUGGAAGCAUUGGACUCAACUAUGCUCCUCGUCCUUCGUCCUCUACUCGACUAAAAGGACUUAACUCUAACGUUGCCAACGUGCGAAAUGCUUACAAUCAAGAUUCUGGUGUGGACAGCGUUGCCUUGAACCUUCUCCCCUAUGGACCCAGUUCAAACUUCCAUGGUACACCGCAACGAGGUAUUUCCGAGCCUUCUUUGCUCACUGGAAUUGGAAGUAUGAACCACGCAGUGAAUUCUGAGAUCUCUUCACUCAUGUCCGGCCUUGUGAACAAUUCCAAACCACCGUUUAUGGGUCCAAGCAAGUCCGUCACGGGUAUGGGCUUGCUGGGUGGUUCUGUAAGCACCGCCACUAAUCUCAUGAACCCGGGCGUUUCUUCUGGUCUCGCAUUUGAUCCCUCCGAUUUUCCCCCAAUUAUGAAUUCUGUGAAUCAAUCGCAAAACCAAAGUAUUGCUGGCAGCUCUCAAAGUCGAAAUUACGUCUCAGUUAUUGCAAAGGGUGGUGGCAAUAGCGGGAUAUCUCCUCUAGGUGGCGGUGGCGGUGGCGGUAGUAGUGGUGCUGUUUCCAAUCAAGCCUCCUUCUCGGCGUCCAACAUUCAGGCCUCACCGGAAUUUUCCAUAGACAGGGAUUUCCCCGCUUUACCGGUUGCUCAAAGUUCUGCAAAUGCUGUUACUGCCAGUGGGGCUGGCGGUAGUGGUGGGCCAGGUGCUGGUGCUUCGUCUCCUUCCUCUGUAAUCCCCACUGCGUUACCCUCCGUCACCAUUCCCAUGUCGAGUCAAUCACUUAACGCCUCAUCUGCCGAAACAGUGCUGAAGAAUCAGGCAACUCAUCGAGUACAGCGUUCUCAGAGCGGUAGUUUGUCCGUUGGUGGAGCAAAUUUCAGUGGCACCUUGCAAUUGCUGGGCGACAACUAUGUCACCAACAUUCCCAAGAACAUGAUUGACAACCAAUUUGGGAUGAUUGGUCUGCUUAAGCUAAUUCAAAUCGAUCCUUCCUUCGAAACACUCGCUCCCGGAUUAAAUUUAGCCUCUUUAGGCAUUGUCAACUGGCCUCCAUCUGGGGAACUACACAGCGUUUUUGCCUCUCCCUUGACCGAUCAGUGCAUGUUGCGACCUCAUGAUAUGGACUACAACGUACCUCCAGAGUACCAAAUUCGCAGUCGGAUUGCGAGCCGUCUUCCUUCUGACCCUCCACUGGAAAAUCUCACUGACGAAAUCCUCUUUUGGAUAUUCUACAAUUGCUGUCGCGAAGAAGUUCAAUUGGUCGCCGCUAAGGGGCUAUACAACCGAGAUUGGCGGUAUCACAAAAAGAAGAUGCGAUGGCUCACCCCCGUCCCUGGAGGUGAUGUGAUCCGAGAAGGCGCCUCGGAGCAGGGCACUUAUUACUGCUGGGAACCGCUGGCCUCGGAAAAGGUGAUUCAACAAAUGACCAUCUGCUACGCUGACCUGGACGACACACCGACUACCUACCAGUUGUCCUCCUCCACUCUCAACGCUAGAGUGCAGCCCAUACCUCCGAUUUAUCACCAACAACAACAGCAGCAGCAGCAGCACAUGUUUAGCAGCAGCAGUGGAGCAGGUGGAUCCACCUAUUUUACGCAGACCGGACGCAUUCCUCGACCUCCUGCGACUGCAGCUAACACCUCUAAACUGUCAGUUGUCUCCUCGAUGCUGCCCAAUGGACCAACAAUUGGUGUAUCCCAGCAGAUGCCAGUGGGGAAAGCAGAGUCGAAAGUGAACGACUCCACCGUACCUCUGGUCGUCGCUGCUCCUGGCUCUGCCGCCGCCGCUGCUGCUGCUGCUGCUGUGUCCUCCUCUAAUGGCCCGAGCUCAGUCGAUCCCAUAACAACUGCUACAACAACAGUACCGUCGUCAUCAUCUUAG